CAGGCCACCGUGCCAGAAUGACCACCAAGCAAGGCGAUGCGCAGCGGCAGUGGCACGACGUGGACGCUGUCCAGCGGCUAGUUCUCAGUUUCCUCGGCCCGAUGGAUCUUGUUCGCAUGUCUUCGUUGAACAGAAGCUUCCAUCGAUCGGCUAGACACUCCCCAAGGCUGAAUCUUUCGAGUGACAUCAACAUGGAGUUGGGUUGUACUGGGUACGAUAGGUUGGUCCCAUACUUCCGCCACGCACGGGUACUUGACGUAUGCAUGUCGUUUGCUCUUCCGGACGAGCUGCUUCACCUCACGUCGUUCCGCCAUCUCGAGGACGUGUCGUUGGUCGACGUCGCCUCACUGUCAGACUACCACUUGUCCGCCUUGACCUGCCACGCCAUGCAUCUAAAGCGCUUGCGUGUGGACGGCUGUCACGAGCUUGUGUCCCCAUCGCUUCAUCUUGCGCAUGCAACGACGCUUGAUGUGUCCAACAACUUGCACCUUCAGAGGCUGCCCAUUCACGGUCGCGCAGGAUUCCUGACUGAGUUGCGCGUUUCGUCGUGCCCUGCAUUUGUCGCGUUCAAUACGAUCAUGGCCGCGGCGCCGAAUGUCCAGACGGCUGACUUUGCACAAUCCAACGGGCUCGUCCGCUUCCACUGCCGGCGGGCGUGGCUACACCUGCGUUCGCUGGUUUUGGUUCGUUGUGCGCAGCUUGCCAUGCUGGAGGUGGAGGCACCGACCCUGACGUCCAUCCGCGUGGAUCUGUGCGUGCGACUGGAGGCCAUCGUUCUCAGCACGGACAGCCUUCCCACAGCCAACUUUUCCCUUUUACCAGCUUUGCAGUCCCUCUAUUUGGACUGCCCUCGCUUGACUCGACUGAAUGUCACCGGCUCGACGGCGUUGCAGCCGUCUGGGGUGAUGCUGGAGUGCCCUUUGCUCACUUCCAAGAAAUUCCAAAGGGACGGGGUCCCGUCCCUGGUGGAUAUCCUUCGCCAAAAUGAUUGACACAACAUCGAAUCCAUGGCCAUCAAGCGCUGAUGUGCACGGGGCUGGGUUGAACCUUUCGGAAGGCCAUGAUUCUUGUCAGGCCACAGAGAAAUUGUACACUGGCACCCCUCCAACGAGUUUGGAACGAGGCGUACGCUCCUACGUGGACUGCCCCUUGAGUACGCUGAGACACCUGCGUCGAGUUGGGAGUGAUUGAAGAUGCUGCGAGCUGCGGUGA